AUGUGGCGGUCAUUACGUUGUUAUAUCUGGCUGGCUGUCUUCAUAGCAGCGUCUCAGGUCGUCGCAGAUGUGCUUCAAUUCAAAAAUACAACGCCCGGCCAAACAGUGAAAUCAGGCACAGAAUUACGAAUCCUCUGUGUGGGGGACUCGAUUACUGUAGGAUUUCGAAGCGAUAAAGACGGAGGUGACGGCAACGGGUACCGGCUCCAACUUCGUGAUGAUUUGUAUAAGGAUAAUUUAACUUAUGCAGGGAAUGUAACAUCCGAUGGUACGAUGCUUGGCGGAUACUUUGCUGCGUGGUCUGGAAAAACCAUUCAAUAUAUGGCCAAUCAUAUCGAUGCUUCCUUGGCACAACGCCCCAAUAUUGUACUUAUCCACGCUGGUACUAAUGAUAUGGCCCCAAAGACAACCACUGCAACUGAAGGCAAUGAUCCAACUGCUGCUUCAGAGCGCCUGGGGAACUUGAUUGAUAAAGUAAUCGAAGCUUGCCCAGAUGCUACAGUUCUUGUUGCCAUGAUCAUAAACUCCUGUGAUAAGAGCCAUUAUCCCCGGACGACAACAUUCCAAAACUUGAUUCCAGGUGUUGUGAAGCAGCGUAGUGACAAUGGCUCGCACGUACUCGCUGUCAAUUUCACCUCUUUCCCAACCAGCAGUCUACACGGCGACUGCAUCCAUCCAACCAAUGUUGGAUAUCAACUUUUUGGUGAUUAUUGGUAUGAUUUUAUUACACAGAUUCCGAAGGAUUGGAUCAAUACGCCGGUUGGGGUUGACCCAAAUCGAGUAGAUGGGCUAUAUGCCAAUGGUGGACCAGAUCCUAGUAUCCCAGCUCCUCAGAUUGGAAAAAGCCCUGUUCAGAUAACGUCAAGUGAGAAUAUCACUUCGGCAGCAGCAACUGCGCUCAAUAAAGGACAUACUGGCUGUACAUCUCGUAAUGUCUUUACUGGUACUGGAGAAAUUUUCCAAGGAGGUGUUGGAUAUACUGGUGAUUGGAAAUAUCAUCAAGGCUGGACUGCACCUAGACAGGUUGCUAGUGGGUAUGGGUUAGAUCGUCAUUAUGUUAGGCUGCACGACAUGGAUGGAGAUGGAAAGGCCGAUUACCUGUGGCUGGAUCCAAUGACCGGAGCGAUAACCUGCUCCUUGAACCUAGGUGGUUCCUCAUGGAAGCGAGCUGGGAAUAACAACGGCCUGAUUGCAACAGGAGAAGGAAAAGGAAAUACUGUUUUUCUUGCCGAUAUUAAUGGUGAUGGGCUUACAGACUAUCUGAUUGCCCACCCAGAGAACGGAUCUGUUUCGGUCUGGUGGAACGGUGGAGCGAGCAGCACCCAGCCAAAUGGAUGGAAAUGGGUUCAUGGAGGGCAAAUUACUGCUGGUGUUUCUCAUGCAAACUUGGCAACCCUAAAAUUCCCGGACAUUAAUGGUGAUGGAAGAGCGGACUAUGUCUAUAUUGGAGAGGAAGGUGAUCUAAAGCACUUUUUGAAUAUUGGAACAAGAGGAGGAAGUGAUGUACAGUUUGCUGAGCAAGGGGGAAUAUUUAAGGGCGCUACAUCUGCGAUAUUGAACAUUGUGUUUGCUGAUAUCAACGGAGACGGCCGCGAUGACUAUCUGGUAUGGGAUAAGAACGGCGGCCUUACUGGCUUCCUGAACCAACCCACACAAAAUGAAGGCGUGCCUCAGUUCAUCGAACAGGGAACUCUUGCCAGCGGAAAUUCACAAAACCCGACUUUCCUUAGACUUGCCGAUUUAGACGGUGAUGGAAAGGAUGAUUACGUCUAUGUCGAUGAACAUGGUGGCCUUUUGGUGUCAUAUAACCGCGGAACAGGAGACACGACUACACUCUUGGAUGGUCUUCACUUUGCUGAUAUUGACGGUGACGGGUUCGGCGAUGUAAAUGGCGACGGACUAGACGACUAUCUUGUUCUCAACCCAGUAACAGGAGCGUUGACCGCGUUUAUCAACCUCGGAUCCAACAGCGACAUCCGAUGGAGUUCCACCGGUGUGAUUGCAAAUGGCCGAGGCCCCGGGGCAAAUGUCCGAAUUGCUGAUAUUGACGGUGAUGGGAUCGACGAUUACAUUUAUGUCUACCCUAAUGGGAGCACGAAUACCUUCCGGAAUCUCCAUACACGUGGGAAGGAGGGCUUCAGUUGGAAGAACAUCCCACAAGCCAAUGCAAAUGCCAAGGUUGGACGUCUGCCGGAAGAAAUUUCAUUCAGCGAUAUCAACAAUGAUGGAAAAGCAGACUACAUCUGGACAAGUUCAGUCAACGGCUCAGUUCACGUGUAUCUCAACAACUACCCAAAUCAACCGAUGUGGCUGGAUCAUGGAGUAGUGACUCCAGGAGUCGACGUUUCUGGGUCGUCUAUACGGUAUGCCACGCUGCUGAAGUCAGGUUAUUCGGAUUAUGUUAUUGUCAAUCCGCAGAAUGGGACUUUUGCGGCGCAGCUUAAUAGUUGUAGCACCUAG